UGUGAAACUUACAAAAUGUGUUAUCAACAGUAGUUUGUAAAAUAAGUUUGCCUACACCCAUCGGCUAUAUACACUUAAGUUUCUGAUUAAAUAAGCUUUUGGCAAACAUUUUAUAAAUCCAGUGUCAAUAACGUACCAGCAAGUUUUGAAUUGAAUUUGAUUGAUGUUUAUAUGAAAAGCAAACAGCAUAUGAAAGAAGAAGAAAUGACCGAUCAAGACUGUAUUUCGCAAUGGGAUUUUAGGCUAACCAGUGAACCAUCUUUUUCGUCUUAAUGAGUUUUGAUUUUAUAAUGUUGCAAUUGUUUGGUGCCAAAUAUCAGAAUGACUUACUUUUUAGUUCUGAAUUCAAUUAAACCAGUUUACUAUGAUAAAAUGUAAAAAAAUACUGGAAAUGAUGAGAGGGCCCUGCCACUAUGACCCAAUAUUCGUUGCCAUAGAACUUGGACUUUAACAGGGUAAAAUGAUGGCUGACCGCCGGUACCCUCCAAGGGAGGAAUGGCAUGGAUCUCCAUCAUCCGACCGAUCGAUUGUUGGGCGCCGGAAGAUUGAAGAGCUCCAGCGUCAAAUUGCUGCCAUGGAAACGGAUAUGAAGGGCCGGUCAGACCUGAUACACAAGCUGAACCGCUUGCAAGAGAUUGAGCGAGAGAAGAGGGUUGUCGAGGAGCGUGUUUUGGAGAGGAACAACAGUAGAAACAGCAGUCGUAAUGAGAGUCGCAACAAUAGUCGCAAUGGCACGCCACGCUUGUUGCACAGUGAAAUGCAAAGAAUUAUUGGUCGAGAAUCAAAAACAGGUACUGACAGCCCAGCUGGUGUGGAUAGGCAUGCUAUUGAGACCGUGAUCAAACAUAGAACCAAGGAGUUCUCAGCCAAGCAACAGGAGGCUGCCUUGAAAGCAAAGUACCUUGAUAAAGAAAGGCAGCGACUGCAGGAGGCUCGUAGAUUGGUGGAAGAACAACGUCUGGCCCUGGCGCAGGCUCAGUCUCCCGAGGUUGCUGAGAGGUUAGCCAAGACAGUCGUCAAGACCCCCCAGGCUGUGGAGUCCUAUAUCAAGUCCACUGUAGCCAAACUGCCGGGCACGAUGGACAAGAUAUGGAAAAUGAGAGAGGAUUUGCAGCAGCACUACAACUACUACAAGCGUCCAUACAACGGCGAGCUAGAUAUUGGCAGUUAUGAACCCUGGCAGGUCCAGGACUACUUUGUGUGUCGUGAAAUUGUGAAUGAUGUUGUGGAGGACUUUCUCAAUCUCUACUUCUUACAUGAUGACGUCGUGGAGAAGGGCACUUACAAAGCCAUGUUGGAAGAAGAUAAGCUGUGGAGGGACAGACAGACAGAGUCCAUAGCAGAGAAGCGUGCAAUACAUCUCAUAGCUGAGGAAACCAUUCUUGAUGUGACCGGUGACAUGAUAGACGAGGUGAUACGAGAGCAGUACCACAUGUACCGCAUGUUUGGAAACAUUACAGACACCAUGCUGAUAUCUGAGGCAGAGUAUGGUGCCACUGGGAAGCAGAACCCACAUGAGCCUGGUGACCGGGCAUACAACAUGAUCACCAAGGGUUACUUCAGUAUCAAGGAGAACAGAAACAGCCACAGAGAUGAUAUAUGGGGGCAUUCCCAGUAUGCAAUGAAUAAAGUGAAGAAACGGAAGAUCACAAGGAAGGCUGGAGGGGAGGAAGUGGUGGAGGAAGUGCAGGAGCCGGAGGAUGAGGAAGAAGAAGACAUAGACGCACCAGAUUUAACACUAAUAGAUUUCAACACAGUAGCACGAGUACAAUACCGUAGUUUGGAGCCUGCAAUCAUAGACCCGGUGGAGGUUGUCAAGGAAAAGGAUGCCUUCAGACGCUACAUGCACAGGGAACUGAAAUAUUGGAGGAACAUGGAAGUCACAGUACAUGAAUUGUUUUUUAACAAGAAGACGAGAGGACUUAGUCUAGUCCGUCCAUCACCAAACCACUGCUUUAUAGCUGCUUGUACAUAUCAUGGAGACCUGAUGGUGUAUGACGUGUCCGUAGAGCCGUGGCGACCGUUCAGAGUUGUCACGUACGAUGACAAAAAAGACGUGCCUAUAACUGACCUGACCUGGAGUUUGGAUAGCACUAGGAUCAUCACUAUCAACAAUUUGGGCAGACUGCAGGUUCUCUCAUUGCUGAACGGCCCGGUGAGUUUUGCUGCUGGUCAGAAACUGGAGCUGCCUGCAGAUGUCAACGGCAUCUACCCCAACCAGUUAGAGGUGCUUAUGACCCUGGACACUAAGAGGGGGGACUUCCACUUUCAGCAGGGGCCGCUAGCAGAAGAAGGUGCCCAAGAAGAGGAAGUGCUGGUCCCACAGAGGGCGCUGUUCUUUCCAUCAUUGUCGUUUCUUGGCUCACAGAAUGACAUAAUGGUAAGCCUAGACAACGGGGACCUGCUGAAGUGUAACAUCCAGGAUGCCAUCAAGAACAUUAACCCUGAACAGACAGACAAUGUCAAUGACACCCCUAGAAUUUACCGGCCACUACUGACUAGAGUGGAUGAGGCAACAGAUAUCAAUACUAUAGGCAACAAUGUGGAAGGCGAGUUGCUACGGCAACACAAGAAGGGAAUCAUCUACAUGUGCUUUGUGGAGAACCUCAACGCCUUGGUAACAGUAGACCAGAAAGGCUUCCUGUAUAAGUGGAAGUACAACAGUAAAUACAAGUCCUCGUUUGGUUCAUUUAUCCCAUCACGGAAAUACAAACUGGAGACGUCCAAGGUUAUGUACAAGGAAUCAGAUUCAGAUAAACCAAAGGUGAUUUUCACUGAUCAGCCCCAGCCAGGGAAGAAACCAAGGACCAGACAGGAGCUGGCAGCAGAGAGACAGAAAUAUCAGAACACUUUAGAUAACAUGCAGCUGGGAGACCCUUGGUAUGAGGAAAUAAACGAUCAAGAGGAAAUGAUUAUCCAGAUAUUCACACCACGUGGAGUGAUAGCUGAGACAGGCGCCAUGUUCCAUAUCGUGUACCGCCAUUCAGAGACACAACAGCUUUCUGCCUACUAUACCAAACUGUACAAACCUGUCAAGGUGCGCUGUUCACGUAUUGUUCGAGUGGUAGGUUCUCCCACCAGUACAGAGCUGAUUGUCAUCUUGUUGUUCAAUGCAUACCCACCUCAAGGCCCAAAUUUCACAGUGUUCAUUGUGGAUCUGAGAGAGAUGACACUGCGUGACUUCAGGAAAGAGCUGCCAGUGUCCGUGCAGGAGUACAACACCAUGAUGACAAAGACCAUCAUAUCAUGUGAUGUGACUCGAGUGUUGGGAACUUCAGGCUCUGACUAUAUAUUCAUCGUGUUCAACAAUCGCAUUCGCUGUAUAUCACUAUUUUCGGGGCAGACUGUUGUCAGGAAAGGUCCAUUACCAAGUGCUGAUGAUGAGCAGGAGGAUGAAGAGGAAGACACUGAUCGCUUCAACGGCUGUAUUAUUGAUGAGACCCUUCUAGAUCUGCCCCUAUCCACAGACUGUACAGUGGUCAGCUUUGAAGGCCGAAUACACCUGGUCCUAUUUGCAAGGAAAAUGUCCAAGAUGUACAUAGUCACGUUCACAGACAAAAACAAUUAUGUAGACAGACGGGCUCUGUGGAAGACGUAUACCACAAUACCAAAUCAUCAGGUUGUCCCACGUGAACUAAGAGUGAACACGAGUGAUUGGCUAAUGGACGACGUACAGCAUGUGAGUGUGGCGGCACGCAAGAUACUCCUACGUAAGGUGGAUAUGGAAAUGAGGAAGGCGGGGCUUAUCAGGGACCAUCCACGCACCAUUAAACGAAUCAUGCUGUCAGACAAAGUGGAAAAUUACAAGAUACUUGAUAAAACAGUCACAGAGAGAGCCUUGCUGGACAAGGAAGCGGUGAUGCAGAGACGGGCUGCAAGUCGAGCUGAGACUGCCAGCUCCAAAAUAGACGAGGACGAUAAAUUCUAGUGAUCUUGUUGCCUUAGUGAUAUCAUAUGAAAUGCGAUUCCUGUUCUAUGGAGCCUGAUACCAUAGUGUUGUCAUUUUAAAUGUGCUUCCUCUAGUGACAUUCACGCAUAUUGAAUUCAUUAGGACCAUGAUCAGACUUAGGUGACCUUGUUGUCAUAGUGAUGUCAUUUAGAAUGGGGUCUGGCUUUAAUCACGCUGUUACCAUAGUGAUAUUUUAGGGACAUUGUUUCCACGUCAAUGUCAUCGAGAUGGUGAUUAGGUAUUGGAAAUGGACUAUGAUUCCGGAUUUAGGGACCAUGUUUCCACAUAAACGAUAUUGAGGUCGUGGUUUAGUUUUAAGGGACCUUGUUUCCAUCGAGUCUGUGAUUCAGUUUUUAUGACAUUGUCAUAAACACAAACAAUGGAGGAGAGCUUAUUUUAUGUAUUGUGCUGUGUUUAAGGACACAAUAACUAAAAAAAGACAAUAUUUUGUAAAAUCUGGUGCGUCUAUGUCGUAUUAAGCAAAACAGCUUAAUCUGUUUAUGAUCUUUUAAUGUCCCCCAGUCUAUACUGGUGGACAUAUUGUUUUUGCCCUGUCUGUUUGUUGGUUUGUUUGUUUGCGUCAAACUUUAACAUUGGCCAUAACUUUUGCAAUAUUGAAGAUAGCAAUUUGAUAUUUGGCAUGCAUUUGUAUCUCAUGCAGCUGCACAUUUUGAGUGGUGAAAGGUCAUGGUCAUCCUUCAAGGUCAAAGGUCAAAUAUAUGGGGGGACAUAGUGUUUCACAAACACAUCUUGUUUCGUAUUGUUUUUAUAUUGUUAUGGGUACUUACGAAACAAAAGUAUACUAUUUUGUUUUAUUUAAAUUGAUUUAGUUGCUAUAAAUGAUGUGGAAAUGCUAAACAAUAAAUGAACAAUGUUCAUUAAUGUGA